AUGGCAACACCAGAAGAAGCACAAACGAUGAGGAGUCAGAUCGCCCAGUUGUUGGAACAGAACGAAGCUCUACUCGCUUCAGUGGAGACUAUCCAGCAGCAGCAGGAGAAGGCGGACUCUCAUCACGGCGAGCUGGAUGAACCAGAGCCCCAGCCGUUUUCAACUGAAAUAUGGAACGCUCCGGUUCCAGAUAACUUCAAGCCGCCGCACUUACCAACUUUCAAUGGAAGGGGCGAUCCUUCUGAGCAUGUAACCGUCUUCAACACCAGGAUGUCCGUAUACGGAGUUGCUGAUUCCCUUAAGUGCAAGUUAUUGGCGGGUACCUUUGCUGAUGCAGCUUUGCGCUGGUGCAUGAGCCUUCCCCGCUUUUCCAUUGUGGGUUAUCAGGACAUGAUAAAGAAGUUUACCCAACAGUUCUCUGGAAGCCGCCACCGUAAAGUAUUAUCCACCAGCUUGUUCAAUAUUCGACAAGGCCCAAACGAAUCACUAAGGGAGUAUCUCGCUCGCUUCAAUGAUUCAACAAUUAAAGUUUCCAACCCCAAUCAAGAAGUUUUUGUUGGCGCUUUUCAGAAUGGUUUGCGUGCCGGACAAUUCAAUGAAUCACUCGCCCAGAAACCCGCUGAUUCAAUGGAGGAGAUAAUCGCUCGUGCUGAGUGUUAUGUUAAAGGAGAGGAGAGCAAUGCGGAGAAAAAAGCUAGAGAUGCAAAGGAGAAAGGAAAUUCCGGGGGGGAGCGCAGGAAUCACUAUGUUCCUCCUAAUAGAGAUAGAGGAACGUUCAAGAAGCACUAUGAAAGAAACCAGCAUAGUGAUGCACCCGAGCACUUUACCCCUUUGAACACGCGCCCCGAAAGAAUCCUCAAAGAAGUUCUCGAGUCAAAAAUCAUUCCGCCUGCGCCACUAAGUCGAGGCAAGAUCAUGGGUCCUAACAUGGAUGCUUGGUGUAAGUAUCACUUGGUACAAGGCCAUAACACAGAUGAAUGUGUUCAUCUUAAGAGAGAAAUUGAGAAACUCAUACAAAGCGGGAAAUUGCGAGGAUACGCCAAGGAGAGGAGCAGCAAUGAUAGACAACAAGAUAAACCCAACCCCGUGUAA